AUGACAUCAGAUAUUAGGGAUUUAUUGCAAGAACUACUUGAAAUCUUCAAAAGAGGAUGUGAUGACUACGAAGAUGACCGAAUAAUAGAAGUAGAGGUCAACGAAUGGUUCAAAACACACAGAGAACCACCAUCACAAAUAUUCAAGAUGAUAUUUGAGCGAAGGAACGACGAAACAAACUACAAAACUCUUUUAGCAUUUAUGUAUUGCCAGGGAAUAGGAACAGAAAUUGAUAAAUGUGAAAUGUUUCGAUAUUAUUUGAUUGCUGCGGAACAAGGGGAUCCAGUUGCCGCGAAUCAAACAGGAUGGUGUUUUUACGAAGGAGUAGGAACACGCAAGAAUUCAGAAAAGGCUUUUUAUUGGUUUCAACGUUCGGCUGAUGGUGGUUAUGCGAUGGGAUUGGGUUGGUUGGGAAAAUGUUAUGAGAAAGUGGGUUUAGCGGGUCGGUGGAUAAACAUCAGGCGAUAUAUUGGUAUCGGCGGGCAUUUGAUUGUGGAUAUACGGAUUCAAGGAAGCAAUUAG